AUGUCUGACAUUGCUGCCCAGGAGGAAGAGCUGAAGGAGUUCAAGCUUCAGUAUGAAACAGUUGUCUCCAGCUUGCAGACCGAUCCUGAUAACACAGAACUUGCGAGUCUUCAAACUGAACUUGGGGAACUCAUCAGCUUGACCGAGACUGCCAUUGCUGAACAAAAAGCCGAACAACAGGCUGCGGCCCCGAAGGCUGCACCCAAGGAAAACCGAUUCAAGAACAGCUUCCACAAGCCCGAAACCGAAGAUGCCCCUACACACCCAGCCCCGGCCUCAUUCGCGGUUAACGAUACUGUGCUCGCCCGCUGGGUCUCUGGCGACGGAGCCUUUUACCCAGCCAAGAUUACCUCCAUGACAGGCUCAUCAACCAACCCGGUUUAUCUGGUGUCGUUCAAGUCAUAUGCGACUGUGGAAAAUUUGACGGCCAAGGACCUCCGACCCAUCUCCGGCUCUGACUCACGCAAGCGCAAGGCUGAUGCAACCCCAGGCAGUUCGGCGUCUCCCUCGCCCGCGCCCCCCGGCGUGAUUUCCGCCGCGGCAGAUAUUAACCCUGCCCUGGCAACUCAGGCCCGCAGUGAACCGAGUCUGGCUAAUGAUGGACCCCCUCGUCCCGCCAAGGCCGCCCGCAAAGUCAAGGCGAACAAGGAGCUGGAAGAAGGCAAGAAUAAGUGGAAAGACUUUGCUGCCAAGGCCAAGGGGAAGGGCAAGUUUGGCAAGAAGGACAGCAUGUUCCGCACUGGUGAUGGUGUUAAUGCACGAGUUGGAUUUACAGGAUCUGGUCAAACCAUGCGCAAAGAUCCGACACGCUCUCGCCACAUCUACCAACAGGCCGAUGAUGAAGGUUUCUAG